AUGGCCUCCAAACUCGGCGCCACCUUCGUGCCCGGCAGCGACGAUGAUUAUUUUAUGCCAGAGGUCGUUGCGCCGUCGCCUCAGCGGGUGACCCCUCAGGUGCCGCAGAACAUGCAGGAGGACCUGCAGCGCAUGGAACUGGAAGCCCGUGAAGUCCACGACUACAAUAGAAGCCGCGAGCCCUCGCUGUCGACCUACACCGGCCAGAAGCCCGAUCCUAGAGGCUACGGUCAGAGCCCGAGCCAGAUUCAGAGCCAGAGCCAGACUCGGACACGGCUGCCCGACAUGGACGAAGACGCCCCGUCAUUCUCGCCUUUCCCCAAGGUCGUGGGCGACAACGUCCCGCCGGCCGACGACGAGAAGGAGAACAUCCUGUGGAAGGCGCGCAACCAUGUGCUGCACUCGCAGAACGUCAACAUGCAAAUCACCUGGGCCCGCGACGUGCUCAACUGGGCCGAGAUCUCCAUGGACGCCGCCGUCAGAGAGGCGGCUGAGACCGGUAAUCGCCCCCCAACCCCACGAAAGGAGCAUGAGCUGCGCAACGACGCGGUCAACAUCAUCAGAUACCUGGCCGAGCAGGAGCACCCCGACGCUCUCUACAUCCGCGCUAAAUGGCUCGAGUUUGGCAAGUUCGGCGAACGCGUCGACAAGCGUGAGGCCUACUCGGGGUAUAAGAAAGCCAGCGACCUGGGCAGCACACGGUCCGUCUACCGCAUGGGCAUGCUGUUUGAGCAGUCCAACGACAUGUCCAAGGCGAAGGAAUACUACUACAAGGGCCUCAGCCUGAAGGACUCGGCCGCUCUGUACCGUAUGGGCAUGAUGAGCCUCCUCGGCCAGCACGGCGAGACCAAGGAUUAUCACGGCGGCCUGGAGCGCAUCCGAGCCGCUGCCGACAGUGCAGACGAGGACGCUCCGCAGGGUGCGUACGUCUACGGCAUGCUCAUCGGACGAGACCUGCCCGACAUUAGCAUACCCGAGGGCAUGUUGCCCUAUGCCAUUGAUACUGCAAAGGUCUAUGUCGAAAAGGCGGCCUAUCUUGGCUUCGCCAAGGCUCAGCUCAAGAUGGGCCAGGCGUACGAACUGUGCCAGUUGGGAUGCGACUUUAAUCCCUCCUACUCCCUUCACUACUACGGCUUGGCCGCCAGGCAAGGAAUCCCAGAAGCUGCCCUUGGUGUCAGUCGGUGGUUCCUCUUCGGCUACGAGGGCGUCUUCAAGAAGAAUGAAGAACUGGCCUUCAAGUAUGCCCACGAGGCAGCAUCCGCAAAGCUACCUACUGGCGAGUUUGCCAUGGGAUACUACCACGAAAUCGGCAUCCACGUUAACAAGGACGUGGUUGAAGCCCAGCGGUGGUACCAACUGGCGGCUGAUCACGGCAACAAGGACGCAGUCGGUAGACUUGAGUCGUUGAGCCAGGGUGGUGGCCUUUCCAAACAGGAUCACGAAACAACAACACUGGGACGAAUCAAGUCUCAACAUGGCUCGAUGAGAGGCAAGCGCCCCGAUCGAUUCAAGCAGAACAACCCAAUGCCCACGCUCAGUGAAGGUGAUGGUCCUGCACCGCUGCCCAAACUAGUUACUGCAGUUGGCAAUUCGCGAGUCUCGCCUUUGCCUUCACCGGGCAUGCGUCCCACAAUUGUGACAGAGAAUAACAGCUUUGCCGAGCCAUCCAGGGCGUCCUUUGUUGAUACCGCCGAUCGACAGCCGGCUUUUAACAUCCGCGUCGAUCCAAACGCCCCACCCAUGCGAUCUCAGUCUGCCGCGCCUUACCCCGUAGAUGAUCGGAUGCAGCCGCCGCGGAAUGCGCCAUAUCCAGAUGACGAUGGCCGACCUCGCCUCAACAACAAUUACCCCCCGAAUCAGGGCCCUUCAGCAGACCGGCCAGGCAGCGCCUUCGGAGUCAGGCCGCAAGGAAAUGGUGCGCCACAGCCAGGUGGCAACUUGUAUCCCUCCGGUCCGCCGGGCGCCGGUCGUGGCAGAGGAGGACCACCCGGACCUGGUCAGGGUCCCGGAGGCUACGGACCGCCAGGAGGCGGACCUGGCCAGGGACGCCCAUAUCCCGGGGACAGCCGGCCUGGAAGCGCUCACAGCGGGAAUCGCAUGCAGAACAAACCACCCCAGGGAUACGGUGGUCCUGGAGGCCCAAUGAUGGGCGGCCCUCAUGGGGGACCAGAGCCCGGGCAAUUCGCUCCUCGAACGUCAUCACGACAAGACGGACAUCCCGGCGGCGGCCCAGGUCCCCCUCCUGGACAUGGACCCUCACCUGGGCCCCAAGGUCCUGGAAACGGACCCCGACCGGGCCCCAGCCGGGUUGGCACUGCUCCUCCGGGACCAAGUCCUCACCAUAGUUCAAGUCCUGCACCAGGCCCCGGCCCUGGCCCGGCUUCUCCUCCGGCCAAGGCCAAACCGGCGGGCAAGCAAGGACCCGCAACGUUUGAAGACAUGGGAAUUCCGCAGGGCAAACAAGACGGCGAUUGUGUUGUCAUGUAG